AACACCUGCAGCUUACGCUCAAGAUCUAAGUUGGCCAGAAUGCGGGUGAAAUUGCUGCGAUUGUAUACUCUGGGCGGGUGGAAGAGCCGGACGAUGUCUUCGGUCAACCCUGAGACGCAAGCCAUGGAGACAAGGGACAAAGUCGGACUGCUGGACUCAGAAACUACCGACCCGCGCAUCGCCCACCGGAGUCUCAUCAACGACAUGUUGCCCACAGAAAUAUUCGACGAGAUGUUUGGUAUUCUCCAAGAUGCCGGCUGGUCGUUGUCAGCGUGCACCCGGGUCUGCAAGCUGUGGCGUCAUCUCUCUUACCGCCGGUUGUUCUCUGCAGUCAUGGUCAGGGGAGAAAGCAAACAAUUCGCCCAUUUCUGUGCUACCCACCCUCAGCUUGCGAGCUGCAUCCAGGAGCUGCGCUGCCAUAGGUUCUCGGUCCCCACCCAGCGCUCUCUCACCGAUUUCAUCGCCCUCAUAUCAAUAUUGCCCUCCCUAACCAACCUACACACGCUUCACAUCACUGGUUCUCUCCACAGAGAGCCGUGGACACUCGCGAUCGCGAGACGGCCUCCAAUCCAACUGAAGAAGCUAGUGCUCCAUCUUUGCGCCGGCAUCUCGUCCGUCCUCUCGUUCCUGCUCACCGCGUUCGAUGUGCACUGCCUGGAGCUCGUCAACUUGCAAGACCCCAAGCCUGUUUCGCUGGUCGGUCUCUACAGGCAGACGUUCGAGCUCUCGCAGCUGAUCAUCAACGACAAUGUGCGCUCGCCCGGCGUAUGGUACGGUCUCCUAGAGCGAGUGCUCAACCCGGGGACCUUGAGGGCACUCGCGGUAGGCUGCAGCACCACGGACGACCUUCGGGAGCUGUGCACCUUUCUGUCCUCCACGCCCGCUCCGAACCUACAUAAUAUCAGCGUCGACGUCAACCCGUUCAAGCUGUGGGAUCUUCAGG